UGCCCUCCUAUGGCCAUUGUACAUAUUGCCAUCUGAUAAAAAGCCUAUAGUUUUGCUUUUGAAGCAUCUCAAAAUGUAGGUACAGGGGGCUGUCUUUCUCGUUCACUUCAUAUUACAACAUAUGCUAAGAUACCAGAAGGGAAAAAUAGGGACAUAAUCUGCAAAUGGAUUAUACGAAGCCGAAUUGAUAGUGAUUUUGACAUCCUAACAGGGUUGUUUAUCCUGAUCGUCAAGUUCCCACUGGAGCCUUUCAGCUCCUUUUAAUCUCUGCAUGAAUAGAAGAGGAUAUGCCUCUGAAUAAACUCACAACCUCUUCUCUGGAUUCACUUUUAGCCAUCAAAAUACAGCCCAAAGUGAUAGAGCCAUUCCAAGAAGUAAUAGCAACUAGUCAAAAGCAAACCAGUAUGAGACCUUCAUGUCAUCUCUCACCUUAUUUCAGCAAUAUUCAGCAAAUGCUCUCUGUCCACAGAAUCCCAGCAGCUGCACAGACACCUUUUUUUCCCAAGGAAUCACACCGUGGCUACAAGUGCCCCCCUCACUGAGCCUAUCUGUAGCAGGCAAUGGAAAAUGGACUUCUCUGUAGUCAGGAUGAGGCCGUUACACUUUCUCUUGGCUCUUUUUUCCAUGCAAAAGAGUUGUCAGAGGCCAUGUGACUUCGCAGGUAACUCGCUGCCCUUUAUUGGGAAGGGUGAUGGAAAGCAGCUACUAGAGAGAGGUUAGUCUCAGUAUUGAAUUUGUAUUGAUAGACUCAUUCUGAGUUUACCUAAUGUAAACAGUUCAACACAGUGCCACUCUGCAUUGGUGUAAAGGUAGGACUGUCAGCACAGUAUUAGAAACCAGGGGGAGCUGAGAAGAGAGAUAGUUACGUUAUCUCGGUUUCCAGAUGGGAUCCCAACCUACCCUGCAUUUCUAUGUUGGCUUUAUCAGAGCUCUGCACUUCUAUAAAAGUGCUUUUUAAGCUCUUGGUGAAGGCACGUUCUCCACUUCAUUCUGACACAUCACUCCUUGGGAGACAGCCACUUUAAACUUCUCCAAACCAGAAUUUUCAGCCUUUUUGCAAGAACAAGAACACCAGAUGCCUCGGAAUUAAGAGAAUUAUCAAGGUGAAGGUCAUGUGCACCAGCUGGAGUUGGUGCAACCAGACCCUGCCUUAUGGAUUGUGGGCACACUUCUACCAGUAAAUUGUCUGGAUUGAUUAAUGACUUCUGAAUUGCCGUAAGAAUCUGGUGAAUGAUCUUUUGUUGAAGAAUUGCCAUGAAAACCUGAGUGCAAGUUACAAACUGCAGAAUUUUCCAGUUCAAGAAAAAAGGGAAAGAAGCAGAUAUAAAUGACCUCUGCUUGAGCAAAAUGUCCUUUACAGUGUCUCAGGUGGACUCUAGGAUGCCAGUGGUGCUGGCCAGCCUUCUGUUGCUGAUCUCCUCACAAAUGCUGGUAAAGGGGGCUGUGUCCCACCUUAUGAUGGAUAUGUCUCUGCAUUCCUUUGAUGACCAGUAUCUGGGAUGCAGAGAGCAGAUGAUUGAAGAACUGGAACAAGGAGACUAUUUCCAAGAGGAAAUAGCUGCUAACAAGGACUAUUUGAGUCUCUGGAAGAAGGCUCAGGAGGCUUUGUUAAAAAGCCCUGUAGGUCUUCUGAGGGAGAUGCAUGAGAGCCAUGCCAUAGUCCUCAUGGCUUACACCAUGAACUCUUCCCUGCACUCUGAGCUCAACUGGGCCACAUCUACAGCAGGAAGCUCUCCAGAGAACUACAGACAUAACUUCAGUUUCAAAUAUUUUCACUUUUACCUAACGACUGCUAUCCAGAUAAUGAAGCAGUGGCAGAGCAGCAAGGAGAGCAUGGAGAAUCCUAAGUGCUACCGAGUGCACAGGGGUGUAAAGGACUUAUACAUCGAGGCCGCGGUAGGCAGCAGAGUGCGAUUUGGUCGUUUCACCUCCACCUCCCGCCUCUGGAAUGAAGCCCAGAGGUUUGGGAAUGAGACUUUGUUCACAGUGACCACUUGCCUGGGAGCAGCCGUGCAAGGCUUUUCUUACCACACAUCUGAGAAGGAAGUCCUCAUUCCCCCAUAUGAGGUAUUCUUUGUCAAAAGCUUCUUUCGGUCACAGCAUGGUAACCGGCUGCAUCUGCAUUCCGUGGGGAACUACAGCAAGUACCACUGCCAGCUUGUGGAAGCUUCAAGAAGCAAGAACAGUGGUUCCACUGCCCUCGCCUUUGCUGUUCUUCCUAGUGUACUUGGAGUUUUCAUCUGCUUGGCCCACAAUGACUGAUUCUCUGGCUGCAUUCAGAUAUAUACACUGCAAUAGCAGGCAAGAAUUCACAGGAAAUCAGUGUCUGGAGUUUGCGCUGUUACACAAGGUUCAACCCUGCCUUUGCUUUCAGCUGCAGCUCUCCAGCUGACACUGGAACAUUCAGCCUGCUUCAUCAAAACAGACAUUCUCUGGACCUGUUCAGGUAGGAGGGUAGUUAUCUAUGGACUUUCCGAAGAGAAGGUUAGUGACAGCCUUCACUAUAGGUAGCUUUUCCUUAGACAUUCAGGAAAGACACAUAGGGACUUUGGACUCUACAGAUCUCUUAGUACCUUUAUUUUUAGCAAGGAAGAGUCUGUCUGUGGGAUGCAAAAGGCACCAUGGUGGUAAAGUUGAGUGGAUAACUGUGCAGCCUCGCAUAUCUCCUUUGAGUGCAGGGUCCCAGGGGACAGUAAAGUCUGUGGCUGUUGCAUAGUGGCCUUUCCCCGCUGCCUGACCCCAUGCAUCAAAGCCAGAGCUCUCAUCUCAGGCUGACUCUCUGCAUCUCACACAUGUGGGACAGAAGCAUAAAGCUGCUUUGAGAGAUGGAACUUAGCUGGAGAGGAUCAGGAGACUUGUCAGGCUUCAGCUUUCAUGUUUGACUUCAGCACUUCUGAAAAAUCAGGCAGAUCCUGCGUUCAUAAUAGUCCUCUAAUGGCUGCUGAAUACCAUCUGGUCAGUUCACGCUGAAGUGAAGGACAGCCUGUGGAGCCUGCUGCUGUCUUCAUGGGUGCUGGAUGUGACUGAAAUUCGUUUACCUGCCAUUCUACUUUGCCAGUCUACAAUGUCUAAUGCUGGAGGUUGAAUCAACAUCAAACUGGAGCUGGAAUUUCUGAUUUAUCUAUAGACUCCUCUCAUUUUUAUGUGUUCAUUUAGCACUUCUGGAGCCUUAGACACCCAAGGCAGAACAGGUAUGAAGUUCUCCCAUCUUCAAAAAAUAACAGUGUAGAAAUGAUAAGAAAUGUUUUCUGCCUGCAAUUCCCCUUUCCAAGGUGUCUUGCUUGCUGCUUCACCCCUGGUCUCUCACCUCCACUGAUGCUAGUUCUGGGCUGAGGCUACUGUCGGAGAGGUUAUCUCACUGCUCAAAGGAGACUAGUCAUGGUGAUUUAGGUUUUCAGUGGAGUCAACAAAUAAUUGAACUGAAACUCACUGACACAUUUCACAAAUGACCCCAGCUUUCAGUCACUGCUGAUCUUGGAAGGAAGCUGGAGCUCUGUAUUCACCAUCCCCUGUCUGAAAUGGUAAACAAGAAGUUAGCUAUCCAAGUGCUUGCCCAGGCAGCUAAAAAAGAUUUAAUACACAACUAUUUUACUAUUAGGUUGUUUUCUAUCUAUAUGUCAUGUUACUUUCUCGUUGCUCUUGGUUUACCAGUUAUUUCAAAUAACUUGUCAGAGCUUGAUUUUGACCCCUAGAUGCUCAAAGAUACUAAGCCCAUAUUUCAAAAAAGAAUGAAAAGAUUAGAAGCAGCUGCUGCAGAUACCUCUUGUAUGUGUGUUCAAACAUGCUUAAACUCUUUCCUGCGUCAGAAAAACAGGAAUCAAGAUGGAUUUCUGACACAUCAGCACAUUUACGUCUCUUGCUUCUUAUCUGUUAUUUCUAGCAUGCAGGCUUGAAGUGUUUUGACAAAGGCUUGGAAUAUGUCACAAGGUGGCUUCAGCACCCUGAAAGCCUCCUCUAAACACUCAGCUGCUAUUCUCAAGCUUUUCUUUAUGGAUCUGUGUCCUUGAAGGAUAGCCUGUAGGAAAGCGAGUGUAGAGGAGGAGGGUAGAGAACGAAGCUUGAGUUGUUGUGAUGUUCCACUCGAGGAGGAGCUGCCAUCUGUGGUACCUGGUGUCUCAUUUUCUUGCAGCAUCUUCAUAAUAUCAGCAUAGUCCAUGAGAAGUUCUGAUACUCGGAGAGAUAAGGCAGGUGAACUCAACUGACCAAUAGCAGACUCUACUGUGUCAGGGACACGGUCAUGUUUCAACAUCACUGCAACAAGUACACACUUGAUGCUGUCUACAACCCCCUUGUAACUCUCAUAAAGUUCCUUUACUGCGGUGACCUUGUCCUGUAGGGAGGUGAUGUGACCAGCAAUCUUAGCAUAUAAACGGUGGCUGAUGCUUUCCUCUACAUCUUUGUCUUUUGUUUCCAUGCUGGCUUGCAUAUCUUUCAAAGCAUUAACAAGGAGUUGCAGAUUCUCUCUAAUGCUGAAGUUUUCUUUCACUGCCAAGGUGGGGAAACUGGUGCCAAGAUGCAUAUUGAGGAGUUGUAAUAUCGUGUUGGUUGAAGAGACAUAGAUGUGCACUAAGUCAUACAGAUUCUGGCAGGCUGUGGCCAGCCUUUCUUUAUCACUUUGAAAACCAAGGCGAGCUAACAUUUCUGAAGUGAGGUCUGACUCUGAAAACAGAAGAAAUUCAGAAGACAAAGGGGGAUAAAACUGGAUGUAUUUUCAGCUAUAAUGAUACAUUUCUGAAAUCAAUAUUACAAAUUAUCAACCCACCUGACCCACCCUCCUCCAAGACAUUACAAUUAGAAAUAAACAGAAAAAGCUCUUUGUCAGCCUUCUCAGGGGUCUUACCAAGCAGGCCAGCAAAAUAUGGUGCAAACAGCUGCAAGUAUCUUUACUCUUAUGGCUGCGGGAAGUGUGACUCUGGCCUGCAGCAUGCAAUCUGAAAAGCAAUAGAGGUGCUGUAAGUGAAUUGUUCUUGCCUGUUUAUUGGUAAAUUUAUGGGAGUCCUAGCAAACAAUCUACUUUACGUCAUCCUUAGAACUAAAAUCCUUCAGUUUGUAUUAUAUGUACUGGUGGGUCUACACAGAAUUAAACUAAUAUUCUGGGGAGGGGGGAAUACACACAGCAAAGUCAAAUGCAUCAGACAUCUACAUUCAAGAGGCAAAGCAAUUGAAGACUGAGUCCUGCAAUGUUUUCAGGCUACAGUUUCCUGUGAUGUGACCCAUAUCUGUCAGUUCAUACAGCAGCUAGAUGUGGCAAACACCCCUUGAUAGGUGGAAGAACAUUCUCUUUGCUUGGGCUCCAUAUUGCUACCAUAUUGACUGCUAAGGAAGUUAUGUCCUUCGGCUUGCAUCUAAGAGGCCAGCUGCAGGCACAAUCCUGGGAUGCAUGACACACAGCUGCUGUUGUUGCCUUUGCUUGUGCCAGAGCUCUGGAAAGCCAGACUGGUUGCAGCAGACAUUUCAUCAGCUAUUGCUGUGGUUAGAUGUGCAGUCAGAUGUCUUCAAGCAGUUACAACUUCCCAUCCCACUUCAUAUUUUCAAAGAUUUUUCUCUCAGUGCUCAGAUCAACCUUCUGCCUCUUACUCUUUUCCCUUCACAUAGCGAAAGCAGGGUGAAUUGUGUGAAAUGACAAAACUGAUUUUAACCUUCACUGCUGUUCAUCCAGAGCUGGCUCUGGGGCUCCACACCACUUCUUCGACUCACAUGCCAUCAGAGGAGAGGACCUGGCAAAUUGCAGCAAAGAAGGGUGACAGGCACUCCACAUGAAGUCCUUCCCUCGAACUAAAUAGGUCUGAAACAACCGCUAUUAAUCUUCCCUAAAUACCCAGAGUAAAGUAGGAACAAAACAGCUUGCUUAUUGUUUAAACGAUUUUCUGUCAUGUUCCAAAUGAUAGACACUCUAGAAGAGAAGAAUUUUCAUUCACUGCAAACGUUGAAAACCUGUAAUCAGUUUCCAGCCUAUAGAAUGUGACAUAGAGAUAGCUGCCAGCCUGGUCAAUUAAAUUCAGUCCAGUAACUGGAAGAAAUAUUUCAGGACUAUAUGGUAUUCUCAGUUAAUAAUGGGAGUCAUGACUAAUUGACGAUUGCAGAAGUUCAUUAGUUUUCUCUCUCAGCUCAUCUUUGCCUACAGUUCUGAAAACAAAGGGAGUUUGGUACUCUGGUUCCGGGUUCAACACAAUAGCUCAGCUUUCAGGGGAAAAUAAGCUGGCAAUUGCAGAGUGCUCAUUUUAUGCUUGAUCUUUUCCUUUCAUCUGAGAACUCAAUCAUUCUCUACUGGGGAGGCAGCAUUCAUGACCAGAAACUAGUGAUCUGUCUUUCUGAGGAUCAGAGCAUGAAAGAUGUACAGCUUGGAUGAAGGCAAGAAGUACAAGUUUGUCUUGCUGUGACAGAUAAAUUUUGUUUUUACUGUCUGUGGUGUCUAUUAUUGUGGCAUGUAUACCUUGUAAUUUUCUAUUUGUGUAGGACUGUUGAGCUUUUCUUCCAUAAUUCGCAAAUGUACAAAAGCAGUCAUGGCAACAAUUCAUAGGAAAAGCUGCAAGUAUUAGUGUUUAUUCUUUAUACUUAUGAACAAUAGAGAUUUAUAUAUCCCAGCACAAAACCUAAUCCUGUAUCUGUAUGAAUUAAAAGUGCUAUCCUACAUGUUUUAUGUCCUGAGACCAGCAAACAACACCAUUCCCUUUCAGCCAUGGCUGUAGGAACCUGUGGUGGUACCUUUGUCAUGGGCAGAGGGCUUCAUGCUGUACCUAUUCUCUCCAGGAACAGAAGGCCUUUGGAGGAUCUAGCAAGUGGAAACCAGCAUGAAAUAAACUGAAAACUGUUAAAAUAGGAAGGAAGGGGAAAUGAGGAAGAAAAAAAAAAGGACGAAUCUGGGUAAACAUCAUACAAUAGAAUUAAUGACAAGCAGGCAGGCAACAGGACCCAGCUGAAGCCCAGCUCUGGAUCCCUAACUCAUCACAUGCUGCUGGAAACCACCAGAGGAACACGGGAAAGAAGGUGUAGUCAUCAUUCCACACACAUUUCAACUGACUGCAGGAGCACUCAGACAAAAUCAGCUUGAAGAAAGAGAAGGAUGUGUUGAAGAGUUUAUUCUCUUGACAGAUCUACAAGAAGCCUAUUUCUGAAGAAUGGCGCUGAGUGACCUCUUUUACCCAGACAACCCAAAAAGACGGCAAGAACUGAUCCAUCUGCACCAGGAAUUGCUCAGCUGUAUGUCCAUGAAUUUCCAUGCAACAAAUGAGCUGGCUGGAGUGCUGAAUGAACACCUGGGCUGUACCCUUACCCGCAUUCAGAUGAGAGAAAGCAGCACUGUCAAGGAAAACUGUGACAUUAUCAUUCAAGCGAUGAGUGAGAUUCAGCAUCAGGUACAGAAGAUUGAUAGUGACAUGAAGGAAAAGCUGGAACCUGUGCUGUACCAGAAACUGUAUAACAUCAAAGAGCCUGAGCUGGAGAAAAUUGCAAUAGCUCAGAAAGUUUUUUCCAUUGUUCUUGGAGAAGCGACUUCAACAGCUGGGAUGGUAGCUAUCAAAUUACUCAGCUCCGAUCUUAUAAUUCUCACUGUGAGCAAGCUUGUCAGCCUCCUUGCACAGAUCGGGGCAUCUGUUCUUGGAGGAAUCAGCAUCACCAUUCUUGGGCUCGGCAUUGAAAUGAUCCUCCACGCAAUCCUGGGAGCCGUGGAGAGGAAUCAGCUUCUGGAAGCUGUGAGAAGCUAUGAGAAGCACCUGGCUGAGUUUAAAGCAGCCUCAGAAAAGUACCAGUGUGCCAUACGUGAAGUGACUUCUUUGGUGAGAAAGCAGGUUCAGUGAAUGAAGUUGAAGUUCUGUGAAUGAAAUUGGAGUUCUCUCAUCUGCUGUGACAGCAGCUGCAGCAGCUACACCUGCAGAAGCCUUUUUGAUUCAUUUUGGUAAAUGGCUUUUUUUCUUAUUAGUGGCAGCAGAGCAAGAGAUGUGACAGAGCAGGGAAUUGGCACUGAAAUAUAUGAAUACAGAACUGGUUUAUAGGUGCUUCUGGGAGACAAUGCUUCAAACACUUUGCACCUUUCCUUCAGCUGUUUUCUGGAAUGCGCUGUAGACGAACUGUGUAAUUCAUACUAGUGACAAUAAUAUUCACUGCUGGAACAGUAGUGGUGAGAAAGUGUGAUUUUUCUCUUACUGUGUUUCUAUAUCAAAGACAACAACAUAGUGAGAGAAAACAAUGUCAACAAGGCAGUCCAUGUCAUCAUCUGGAGGGCUCGUCAGGAUGGCUGUUGUUGCUAAACUCUGAGUGUGGAUUAGGGCUAAAUUCCUGUUCAUGGAAGUGCUUACAAGGACUAGCUGAAGAAUAUUUAACUGCUAUUUCCUGUCCCAUCCCUGCCUAAGGAGCCAGUUAAGAUCUUCUUUAAAUAAACUUUAAUCCCAGUAGAUUAUCAGGUAAGAGAAGCACGAGCCUACAGAAAAACACACACAACUGAGAGAAAAGGGCUGUAGUGUUCCAGGCACGCUUGGCUGUGAAUAACCUCUUUUGCUCAGUAAUGACCAGCUCUUGCCAACCCAAAGGUUGUUAUUCCUGUGCAAUAUUGCUGCUCUGUUGGUUGAAAUGGGAUUAUACACAUGUACAAGUGUCUGUAGGAUUACAGCCCCAUUAAUGCACUAAAUUUAUUUUCACGUGCUUUACCCAGUCUCACCAAUGCGGGAGUGCCAAAAACAUACUCAGAUUCUGCAUUUCAAAAUAUGCUACAAAAUAUCCUUAUUUUUCAGAUUUUAAAAACUAAGCUGGAAGGAAGAACAUGAUUUGCAGUCUCUUGCUCUGUUUUGCUGUUGUUGGCUUUUUUUGCUUUGAUCUUUGGGAAAAAAAAAAAAAAAGAAUGAAUAAAAAUGUACCUGAAUGAGAUCUGUCUUUCCUGUACUCAUGUUGUUUGUUUGUUUGUUUUAAAAAAAUAAAUCUUAAAAAAAUAAUGAAAAAAA